AUGGCGCAGGCGCUGUCGGCCGAGGAGUUCCAGCGGAUGCAGGGGCAGCUGCUGGAGCUGCGCUCCGAGAACUAUCGCCUGUCGGAUGAGCUCCGCAAGAACGGCGCCGAGCUGUCAGGGCUGCGGCAGAGAGUUCAGGCUCUGGACCGGGACCUGGCCAAGGCCAACAAGCUGACCAAGCAACUGCAGCAGCAGCAGGAGAGGCUGCAGCAGCUGCAGGCAGAGAAGGAGGCAGAGCUCAGAGGCCCCCCCCAACCCCCCCAGGCCCAGGCCCAGCAGCUGCAGGAGGCCCAGGGCCGGUGCCAGGCCCUGCAGACACAGCUCCAGGCCCAGGCCCAGCAGCUGCAGGAGGCCCAGGGCCGGUGCCAGGCCCUGCAGACACAGCUCCAGGCCAGCAGGGGGCAGCAGCAGCAGCUGGGGCAGCGCCUGGCAGAGGCUGAGGCUGCGCUGAGGGCCGGUGCCCAGGCACAGGAGCAGCUGCAGCAGCAGCAGAAGGCAGCAGAGCAGCAGCGACAAAAGCUGGAGGAGCAGCUGCAGCAGCAGCAGAAGGCAGCAGAGCAGCAGCGACUGGAGCUGGAGGAGCAGCUGCAGCAGCAGCAGAAGGCAGCAGAGCAGCAGCGACUGGAGCUGGAGGGCCGUGCCCAGGAGCUGCAGCAGGCCCUGGGGCAGCAGGAGGCUGAGGGCAGAGCUCUGAGACAGGAGCUGAAGGACCUCCAGGACGGGCAGAGGAUCCUGGAGAAGAAAGGCAGCGCUGCGCUGAAGGACCUGAAGAGGCAGCUGCAGCUGGAGCGCCGCAGGGGGGAUCGGCUGCAGGAGAGGCUGCAGGAGCUGCUGACCCCCACCCGCAGCAGGGGGGGGCUGGAGGAGCUGGGACUGGAGGGAGGCUCCCCUGGGCGGGGCCCGGGCGGGGACAGCAGCAGCCUCUCCUCGUUGGGGCGCGACGGCUCCGCCCCUGGCAGCACCAAGGAGCAGGUGUGA